CAUUGUGCACAGUUCUCCAACGGCAACGGAAGACGUAUUCCUUCUAAUCGCUACCAGUUUUUCUCCGUCGAUAACUUUCAGUUCAACACCGCCAUGAAUUUUCGUCUCCUCCGCUCUUAUCCUGCCUCCUCCGUCGUCCAAUUAUUCCCUCUCUACCUUUCCCCUGCGCCUCACCGCUGUAGACUCUUCUUAGUUAGGUCGAAUCUUCCUUUUCCAAAUGAGAAAGCCAAGUACCACAGAGAACUUGAAGCCGCCGUGAAGGUCGUGGAGAGUGCUUGUCGUCUUUGCGCGGUCGUGCAAAGGUCUCUGUUCUCUGCUGAAGGGCAGAUUGUCGAAAAGAAAUACCAAACUCCGGUCACAGUGGCAGAUUUUGGGGUCCAGGCACUUGUUAGUUUAGAAUUAAGUAAAUUAUUCCCUUCAAUUCCAUUGGUGGCGGAGGAGGACUCUAGUUUUAUACGUUCAAACAAUCUGGUGGAUCCUGUAGUAAGUGCAGUAUCUGAUAAAACAAGCAUUGAUGAGGAUUCAUUGUCACAUGAUGAUGUCCUGGAAGCAAUUGACAGAAGGGGAAAGAAUGCUUUUGCUACGGGAACAAAACCAGCCACAUAUUGGAUACUAGAUCCAAUUGAUGGCACCCGGGGGUUUGUAAAAGGAAGUCCAGCCUUAUAUGUGGUAGGUUUAUCUCUAGUUGUUGAAGGAGAUAUUGUGUUAGGUGUCAUGGGCUGCCCUAACUGGGUUGUAGAUACUUCUUUCCAGUCUACCACAGAUACCCAAGGUUAUAAACAUAGUUAUCUUCCAUUGGGUAUCAUUAUGGUUGCUCAUGUUGGCUGUGGAACAUGGACAAAGAGGUUAAAGUGUAUGCUUGAUUGCUCAACUAAAAUUUCAUCUGAUAGGACCAGAUGCUUUGUUGAUAGUUAUUCUUUGGUAUCCAAUGCCCGCUUCUGUAUUCCAGAGAGUCAAACAUGGGAGUCACUGCCAUUAUCAGUUUUGUACAAAGCAAGAAUUGAUGAUGAGAAUGUAGGGGAUAAGGAAAUCCGUCUUUUGUCCGCAUUUUGUGGAAGUUUAUGCAAGUACUUAAUGGUGGCUUCAGGUCGGGCAUCUGUUUUCAUUCUUCGAGCAAGAUCUGAAAAAGUUAUCAGGGUUUGGGACCAUGCUGUUGGUAUGAUAUGCGUGUAUGAAGCUGGACGAAAGGUGACAGAUUGGAACGGAAGUGAGCUCGAUCUUGCCACUGAUCAAAUUGAAAGGAGCAUAUACCCUGCGGGUGGGAUUCUGGUGACUAAUGGGACCAUCCAUAAUCAGAUACUGCACAUGAUAUCUUCCAUUUCAACCGUAGUCUGACAUCGAGCCAUACCGAAUGGGUAUUCAUGUUCCUUUGUUCGAUUCUUUGAAUGCCAUUUAGGUUACAUCAAGACCUGCCUUUUUUUAAAUUAAAAUUUAGUUCCAUAUUCAAAGGAUAAAUUGAAAAAAAAUUGAAAUUAUUCAUUCGCCAUUGAAUUUUUUUAAAGAAAGUCUCUUCUAGCCUAGACAAA